CAUACACUGCACCCAUAAAAAACAGUUAUACCAUUUCCCCCACAAUAAAUACAGAUAACAAAACACACACAUACACACACACUCAUCAUCAUCUUCAUCUUCAACUGCAAUGCAAGAUCCAUCAAACCCUAACCCUAAUCCAACCAAUGCACCACCAUUUCCAUUCAAAACAACAACUUCUCACCACCGGCGAGCACACUCGGAGGUCAACUACCGCCUCCCGGACGACCUAGAUCUGGUCUCUGACACCUUCGAUGCACCUUCUGGAAGCUUCGAAGAUCUCGGAUCUGAAGAUGAUCUGUUCUGUACGUAUAUGGAUAUGGAAAAGCUCGGAUCUAACUUGACUGAUUCCGCCGGACCUCUGGAUUCCGCCCGGAUCAACAAUGCCUCUAGCGCUGGCGGUGAUGGUGAUGGUGAGAAGAGUGUAACGAGGCCGCGCCAUCGGCAUAGUAAUUCAGUUGAUAGUUCGAGUGUUUUUAGUGAGGCUAUAGAAGCUAAGAAGGCUAUGGCUCCGGAUAAGCUUGCGGAGUUGUGGACGAUUGAUCCGAAGCGAGCCAAGAGGAUUUUGGCCAAUCGACAAUCUGCUGCUCGUUCAAAAGAGAGGAAGGCCCGUUAUAUAUCUGAGCUCGAGAGAAAAGUUCAAACCCUACAAACAGAAGCAACCACUCUUUCAGCACAACUGACUCUGUUUCAGAGGGAUACAACUGGCCUAUCUUCUGAAAACACAGAGCUUAAGCUCCGAUUACAAGCUAUGGAACAACAAGCUCAGUUACGCGAUGCUCUGAAUGAGGCACUGAAGCAAGAAGUGGAAAGGCUGAGAAUCGCAACAGGAGAAAUAGCAAGCUGUUCAGACACAUACAAUUUAGGAAUGCACCAUCUUUCCUAUAACCAACCAAACAUGUUCACAAACCAACACCAACCCGACCCACAAAAAUACCACCAGUCAAACAACAACCGCCACCACCACCCUUUUCUUGCAGCCACCCAUGAAACCUUGCAGCAGGAUCAACUUAACCGCUUCCAAGGGCUGGACAUCAGCAACAGAGCUGGCGCUUCUCAUACUAUCAAAACCGAAGUCCCUUCAAUCUCCGCCAGUGAAAGCAGCAGUACGUUCUGAUCCUCAACAUUUACGGUUUCUCUUUCUCCAUGUCAUGCCUCAUUCAGUUGUUCAUAGUUCGACGCCUCAUUAAGCAUCCACCAAUCCACACACACUAUUUCUUUGAAAAGUUUAUUUUUAUUUAUUUAUUUAUUUUUCACAUGAUUAGGGCUUUAGGGUUUAACUGUCCUGUUGUUGUGUCAUUGAAUUGCAUCAUCUUGUGCUAUUCUCAUAGCUCAUUGUGUGUUGAUUUAUUUAACUGAAUUCUUUUCGGUUUCAUUGUCACUUUCUUGAACAUGAUACUUAAUUUAUAUUCUUUGCUUGAUCUUGUA